AUGGAGGGCAAGAUUGCACCGAGAGAUAAGCCAAGAUUUGCAGGAAGUUCUCAAACACAGGUCACACAGGUCACCGGAAUCCUCUUGAGGGAUUUCACAUCAUCCUUCAUGCAGCAACAACAGAACAAGAAAGAGAACAACAACGACAAUACCAACAACAACAACAAGAAGUGGAAAAACAACGACAAUAGCAAUAACAACAGAACAAGAAGGAGAACAACAACGACAAUAGCAAUAACAACAGACAAGAAGGAGAGCAACAACGACAACAACAGAACAAGAAGGAAAACAACAAUGACAACAACAGCAACAACAAAACAAGGAGACCAACAACAACAGCAGCAACAACAGAACAAGGAUGAGAACAACAACGACAAUAGCAAUAACAACAGAAGAAGAAAGAGAACAACAACGACAAUAUCAAUAACAACAAAUAAAAAGGAAAACAACAACUACAACAGCAGCAACAACAGAACAAGGAGAACAGCAACGACAACACCAACAACAACAAAAGAACGACAACAACAACGACAAUACCAACAACAGAACAAGGAGAACAACAACGGCAACAGCAGCAACAACAAAACAAGAAGGAGAACAACAACAACGGCAGCAACAACAGAACAAGAAGGAGAACAACAACAACGGCAACAGCAAGACAGUCUGGGCUAG